UCUAACUUUAGCAUCGAUACGUCGAAAGCAUCGAAAGGUAUUGGAAGCAUUUGUCGCCGCGCUUCACUUCUGCGUAAUUAUUUUUCAAUUAAUUAAAAAUAAUAUAAGUUGAGAGUACAUAAAAUAACAGUUUGACAUUGCACAAUAAGGCAACAACAAAUCGAAGUCACAGCGAAAGAAUUGAAGCUCGGCCGAACCGAAGAACAGCAUGAAAAUGGUGUUGUCGCAGCGGCAGCGCGAUGAGCUUAACCAAGCGAUUGCCGAUUAUUUGGGCUCAAAUGGCUAUGCCGAUUCACUGGAAACCUUUCGCAAGGAGGCCGAUCUCAGCACAGAAGCGGAAAAGAAGUUUGGUGGCCUGCUAGAAAAGAAAUGGACGUCUGUCAUUCGACUGCAGAAGAAGGUUAUGGAACUAGAGGCUAAGCUAACGGAAGCUGAGAAGGAGGUCAUCGAGGGUGCGCCCACAAAGAACAAACGCACGCCUGGCGAAUGGAUACCCAGGCCCCCAGAGAAAUACUCGCUGACAGGGCAUCGUGCAAGCAUAACGAGGGUUAUAUUUCAUCCAAUAUUCGGUCUCAUGGUCUCGGCUUCGGAAGAUGCGACCAUAAAGAUAUGGGAUUUCGAAACUGGCGAAUAUGAGCGUAGUCUCAAAGGACACACCGACUCUGUGCAGGAUGUGGCAUUCGAUGCGCAGGGCAAACUAUUAGCCUCCUGCAGCGCUGAUUUGUCCAUCAAACUGUGGGAUUUCCAACAGAGCUACGAGUGUGUUAAAACCAUGCAUGGUCACGAUCACAAUGUGUCCUCGGUGGCCUUUGUGCCCGCCGGUGACUAUGUGCUAUCCGCAUCGCGUGAUCGCACCAUCAAAAUGUGGGAGGUGGCCACAGGCUACUGCGUAAAAACCUACACCGGACAUCGGGAGUGGGUGCGAAUGGUGCGAGUGCACAUUGAAGGCAGCAUCUUUGCCACAUGCUCAAAUGAUCACACAAUACGCGUUUGGUUGACGAAUUCAAAAGACUGCAAGGUUGAAUUACGCGAUCAUGAGCACACGGUGGAAUGCAUUGCCUGGGCACCAGAGGCAGCCGCAUCAGCGAUAAAUGAGGCAGCAGGCGCUGAUAACAAAAAGGGUCAUCAUCAGGGACCAUUCCUGGCAUCUGGUUCACGUGACAAAACCAUACGCAUUUGGGAUGUGAGCGUUGGUCUCUGCUUGCUCACAUUAUCCGGUCACGACAAUUGGGUGCGUGGCUUGGCAUUCCAUCCGGGUGGCAAAUAUCUAGUAUCGGCCAGUGAUGAUAAGACCAUAAGGGUCUGGGAUUUGCGCAACAAACGAUGCAUGAAGACGCUAUAUGCGCAUCAGCAUUUCUGUACAUCCAUUGAUUUUCACAAAGCGCAUCCGUAUGUCAUUUCCGGCAGUGUGGAUCAAACAGUUAAAGUUUGGGAAUGUCGUUAGGAACUCAGCAAAGGACUUGCUUAUUUCUCUCAAUUUAAACAUAAUUAAUAAAGCUAUAAUAUUUAUAUAUAAAUAAAUAUAUACAAACAUUUAUAUUUAAAUAUGCAAAUCACACAACAACACACAGUCUCAGCCACCUUUACUAGAUGCGUCAAUGCAAUAUAUACAUAUAUAUAAACGUAUUUAUGAAUAUAUUUAUAUGUAUAUCAGUAUGUUUAAAGUUAAAUUCGAGAAAGCAACAAAUUUGCAAAACAGAGUAAAACAAAACGAAAUAUUUAUUUAAUUUACGGCCUCCUUAUUAACUUACCAUCCUACCAACUAUAUACAAAGUAAAUGCAUAUUUAUAUAUAUAUUAUACAUAUAUACAUUUAAAUAUAAAUACGACUACUGUUAAUUUAGACGCUGUGUAGACCCACGCCUCGAAAAUACAACAACAACAAAAACGUUAACUAAACAAGAAACGCCCACAAAGCACGCUCGCUAGCCGACAAAACUUAAGAUCUGUAGUUAAAUUUUCGUAGUUAUUUUUGUGAGUGGAAAAGUUAUUUGAAGAAAAAUAUAUGUAACGAAACAAAAAUCAAUUAUACAACUAAAUGUUUUUGUCAAAUCCAAAUGUUUAAAUCACUCACACAGUCGAUAAUAUAGCGAAACUACACACAAAUUGACUAUUUUGCAUAAAAGCGCAUAUUUCAUAUUAAUAGAUGAAUUCAUGCCACGCCCUCGCGCAAUACAAAAGUUCAACCAAAACCACAACAACAACAGCAAAACGCAAAAGUAUUUUCUAUUAUAUUAUUAUAAAACGCAGAGCGAACGAACGAUUUAUAAACAAAAGCAAUUUGUUAAUGAGGAAUUACUUGAAAUUUUAUUUAAAUAUGAAAUUGAAUUGAAAUUAUUCCAAAUUUAACAAUGACACCGCUUUUACUGAAUGAUUUUCGAACUAAGCUCUUAGUUUUGUGUUCUUUUUUGCUAAAGGAUCUAAACAAAAACAAAAGUAAAAAUACCAGACAAGGUAUACAAACAAAAUAAACCUAUAAAAUGUGUACAAGUUUAAGUUUGCUUUAAGUUCAAAAUAUGAUUUACGUUAGAAAAAAUGCUGCAAAUUUAAUUAUAAUUAAGUGUUCUAAGUGCAAACGCAAAAAUAUAGUAGUAUAUGUAAACAA